AUGGAUGAUGAUCAGCAAGGGGUAAACUUCUACCAAGAGCUAGUAGCUGAAGGAGUGCUUGAGGAGGAUCCCGAAGAAAACCCCAAAGCAGGCCCUGCCAUGGGUCAACAGGUGAGACUCGAAGUGGAACCGGAAGAGUAUGUGGUAACUGAUUACGAAUACGACGAGUCUGACAGGGAGUCAGAUGAAGGAGAGACUCGAAGUGGAACAUAUGAAGGAAAGGACAUUAAGGAGGCGCGCAAUGAACCCCACCUAUCAAAAGCCCCAUCAAAUCCACGCACGGUUCUGAGGGGUGAUGCAUACCAUUUACGCUCUCUUGAGGAAGAAAUAACAAAUCUCAAGCGUCAACUCUUUGCGACCGAAGCAAGGGUUGUACGAGCCGAUCAAAGGGUAGAGGUAAUCACCCAAGAGGUAAAUGAACUGGUUGAACAUCUGAUACGUCAGCUCAACGAUUGA